CGAGUAGUAUUCCCGCCGCGCAAUGCCGACAUCAUGACUACAGCUAGGUCUCUCUUCCGUACCUGCGCCUUUCGGGCCUCCGUCGUGCCCAUUAUCAGACCAUCCUACCAAUGCAUCCGCCACGGCUCCUCCGCGUCAUCGACGCGCUGGCUCAACAGGCAGAGCAACGACCACUACAACAAACAGGCAAAGGUCCUACGUCUUCGGUCUCGUGCGGCUUUCAAGCUUCUCGAAAUCAAUGAAAACUACGGAUUAUUUAAACCGCGGAUGACAGUGGUGGACCUGGGCUACGCACCAGGCUCAUGGAGCGAGGUGGCGAUAGACCGUGUAUCACCGGGCGGGCGGGUAGUAGGCCUCGACAUCCUCCCGGCGCAACCGCCGAAGGGUGUUUCAACCCUUCAAGGCGACUUUCUCUCACCUUCGGUGCAGUUGAUGCUCCGCGACUUCCUCUCUGAUCCUGAGCGCGGACGGGCGCGCGCAUCAGUAGUGGACAAAGCGUACAUCGACAUCGAGCGCGAGGAGACAAGCGGCAGCCACGUGGAAAAUCCGGAAAAGACAGUUGAUGUGGUCCUCAGCGAUAUGUGGAUACCCUGGGAACCGCCGCCAAAAAACUUUCUGCGGUCUCUGACCGAACCUUUUAGGUUGAUGAAUACCAGCGGGAUCCGGUUUAGGGAUCAUGCCGCCAGCAUGGACCUCUGCAAUGCGGCACUAAUGUUCUGCCUGGAUGUCCUUAAGCCAGGCGGCCACUUCGUGUGCAAGUUCUAUCAGGGAGCCGAGGAUUCAAUACUGGAAGCGAAACUAAAGAAACUGUUUACGAAGGUGCAUCGCGACAAGCCAGAUAGCUCUAGAAAGGAAUCUCGGGAGUUGUACUUUGUCGCGCUCGCGUUGAAGAAGAAUGUUAGUAAGGCUAUGAUUGAGGAGAAACGGCCAACAAAACCAGCACAACCGCCACCAAAAGAAGAGGAAGAGUUUUGAGUAGUCCACAGGGCUGGUAGGUAACUAAGGAGGCUGUCCAACAAAGUUGGCGGCUGGGAGGGUGAGCUGUUACAGCGGGUAGUUAGUAUGCAGCUAGGCCACCGAUGAAAGGCACGGGUCUUGGUUGUACAUUCUAUCGAUAGCAUCGGUCCAUACAAUGCAAUAAUACA